AUGAGCUGGUCGCAUAGCACGGAGACAGUAUCGUUCAAUAGCGCCUCAUUCCGCAGGAUGUACGCGACCGAACUUGACGAGCUUCCUGACCUUAGUAGUCGCAAAAGCGUUGAAUCGACUAUAUCUGAACGGUUGGACACCCUAUUGCAGAUCCUUCGCGAUGCCAACAUGAUCGAUCGUGAACGGCUAUCUAUUGGCGAGUUUCUUGCUGGAAUCGGUCUUUCGAUUGAUGGAGUCGGCCUAGGACCGCCAGGUUGUAGGUCUUCUCGUGAUCAACCUGUCUGCAACACAGCCUCGAACGCGUCAAAUAACCUGAAUGAAUACUGGCCUUGUUUGACUAUUUCUACCUCUACAGCGACGCAAGCUGAUCCCGAAUCGCCGAGAUUGCAGAUAUUUAUCGAAAAGGCAACGCUUGGAGCUUAUGAGUGUAGCUGGGAAACCGACAGCGAAAGCAAAUGGAGUGACGACCUCGACAGGCAACAAAUGGCUGAUGUUCCCAAGAAACAUCACGGUCAUAUUCCGAACAACGCCACCGUAGACAUGACUCGCCCGGUACACUGUAGCGAAGGAUCUAGGAAGAACAUGGCGCUCUUAUUCGACGGUCUAUAUCAGCCCAGCAUGCACAAUAGUGUGAACUCGGUUGGGGACGAGCGUCAUGAUAUGGAAUAUGUCAAGACUGCCGACAAUCAACGAACCAGGCACGACAUGACCAUCGUCAGAAGCCCAUCCGCAUCACUGGACUCCCCCAUGUUAUCACCAGCGCUUGCUACUGUUCGAAGUCGAGUGGAUAUGGCAGAGGUAAAUUCCAUCAUGCCGUAUAAGACUACGGUAAAGACAAACCGCGCCUCACAGAGCCUUGCCACUGAGAAGGAAAAUGUCGCAGACGAAGUCUUGCCGAAAGACCCUUUUCGGUCUCUUGUAGGGCUUGCACGGAUGAAGUAA